GAAGUGGCGUUAGACCAAUGCGGAAGUGUCGCGCCAGUAGUCGUGUUGUUUAGAGUUGGAUUGUGUGUGGUCCGUCUGAGCAGCAAAAAUGCCGGAGUUAGCGGUUGAAAAUGUGGUUGUUCACCCAUUGGUUUUACUCAGUGUGGUCGACCAUUUUAACAGAAUAGGGAAGGUUGGCAACCAGAAAAGAGUGGUUGGAGUCCUCUUGGGGUCGUGGCAGAAGAAAGUUCUUGAUGUAUCAAAUAGCUUCGCAGUACCUUUUGAUGAGGAUGACAGAGAUGACUCUGUGUGGUUCCUGGAUCACGACUACUUGGAGAACAUGUAUGGCAUGUUCAAGAAAGUCAAUGCCAGAGAAAGAAUCGUAGGAUGGUACCACACAGGGCCGAAGUUGCAUAAGAACGACAUCGCCAUCAAUGAGCUCAUCAAGCAGUACUGUACCAAUUCAGUGUUAGUCAUUAUUGAUGUGAAACCUAAAGACCUCGGUCUUCCUACAGAAGCAUAUAUCUCUGUAGAAGAAAUACAUGAUGACGGAACGCCAACAUCUAAGACAUUUGAACAUGUCACCAGUGAGAUUGGAGCUGAGGAAGCAGAAGAAGUGGGAGUAGAGCACCUUCUCAGAGAUAUCAAGGACACCACGGUGGGCACACUGUCGCAGCGCAUCACGAACCAGGUUCACGGUUUGAAGGGGCUCAACUCCAAGCUGUUGGACAUCCGCUCGUACCUUGAGAGAGUGGCAGCGGGGAAACUUCCCAUCAACCAUCAGAUCAUCUACCAGCUGCAGGACGUCUUCAACCUACUGCCGGAUGUCAAUCUCCUGGAGUUCACCAAAGCGUUCUACCUUAAGACCAACGACCAGAUGCUGGUGGUCUACCUGGCGUCACUCAUACGCUCAGUGGUAGCGCUGCACAACCUGAUCAACAACAAGAUAUCCAACCGGGAUGCAGAGAAGAAAGAAGGCCAGGACAAGGAGGAAGGCAAGAAGGAAAAGAAAGACGACAAGGAGAAGAAAGAGGAGAAAGACAAAGAGAAGGACAAAACAGACGCCGGUGCCAAGAAAGACGAGAAAAAGAAAAAAUGAUUUUGUCGUAGGUCAAAUAUCACCUCACUUUGUCUCCACGUGGAUCGUACUGCAGCCUCUGAAUGUGGGUCUCAGGCGGCUAUAAGUAGGAGUCUAUAUGGGGAACGGUGUCAACUGAGAUACAUACAAGCAGCACUCGUAUAAAGACUGUUGUGGGCUUCUUUCAUGUUUUGACAUCCGAGAACAUCUGUUUUCAUAGUUCCCAUACUUUUCAUGCUGUGGUGCAGCCGAUAUUGCUGUUUUGUAAGAUGCUUUAUUAAAUUGGAACCAUAUUAA